AUGUCUGAUGUGAAUGUACUGUCGGCUUUUGUCCUUCAAGAUCGACUCACCCAAACUCCCACAAAACUCUCGAUGCGCGCAACUACAGCAGAUGCCAGAAGGCCGAGGCUCACCAUCACAACAUCCAUGCCGUCUGCGACACAUCAGCCUCCGACCCAGAAUCCGCCAUUCAACUUCGCGUUGACACCAGAACUUAUUGCCGUUGGUGAACUGGUAUCGGCCAUGAAACGCGUCGUGAAUGUCCUCGGGACCACAUUCGACUCUCUGGACGAGCAGACUGAGCGCGUUACUACCCUCGCUCCCGCUUUGAAGGCCUCAGAACAAUUGAAGAAGCUUCGGGAAGAGUUAUCGCGACAACUUAUGGAGCAGAAACUGCGGAGCCUGGAGGUUCGGCAGAUGCUCGACGAGGCAGUUAAGCAGUCGUUAUCCCAGCAGGUUACGGACCACGUCAAGAUGGUGGUAGCUCAAAAGGUCAAGGAGAAGGUUGCACAAGAGCUAAGCAUGCAAAUCCCACAACGCUUGCGUCAAGGAAUCAAGACUCAUAAACGACAGAUCUUAGAAGUCCAGUGUAGUCUUCACAACUCUGAGGCGCGGCAGCAUAAUUCCGUUCUUGGGUCCAACUCGUUGACGGAAACGCUUCGUCCCCUUCUUCGGCCACUUCCGACCGCAGAGCAAUCGCCAAUAACACGGGGACCAUCGCCAACGGCCACUUCUGCCACGGUUAUCGAUGAGCCUUCUCCAACCGCUUCACCUUUGUUCCCGCGGGACCUGAAAUCUCUAUUUGCUCUGAAAUCAGAGGAGGCUGAGACGUUGGUCAAGGAGUACGGACUAGAGCACACUCAUUCACCCGUUACGCCGCUUUCGGCUGCAGGAAAAGCACCGAUAGUGGAUGAUUCUCAUGAGCGUAAUCUCAACAAGUUUAUGGCACACAUUGGCGUCGUCGGUUUGGAAAUCCACACCUCCCCAAACUCCGCGUCGUCAUUCCCGGAGGAGAACGAAUCGCCAUUGCCUCUUAUUAUUAGUAUACGCCGCACCUUGUAA